AUGGCAACCUUAACGAUGAAAGCAGCCCGCGUCACCGCCUGGGGCUCACCACCUUCAUGCAUAGACACCUCAGACCUCCCACCACCUCUGCCCUCCCAGCUCCAGCUCAAGGUCCUCGCUGCCGCUGUUCCGCGCGUUGUUCAACUGCGCGCAAGCCGCAAACAUCCCAGUGCAUCCACUGCGGUUCUACCAUUCGACCCGAGCAUCGACGGGGUCGGAAUUGACGAAGCGACGGGUCAAAAAUACUUCAUCCCGACGCUGGCCGCACCGGUCUUCGCCGAGCGAGCCAACGUUGAUCGCAGCCAGCUUAUCCAGCUACCCGCCGAGGCAGAUGCAGUGACCAUCGCCGCACUCGCAAAUCCCGUCACGAGCAGCUGGAUGGCGUUGCGGUGCCGGACCGUCGACGGGUCCUGUCUCCACCGCACUGUGCUCAUCCUGGGUGCGACCAGCGCCAGCGGCCGGGCAGCGGCGUUUGUGGCCCGGCUUCUGGGCGCUAGUCGCGUGGUCGGAGUGUCGAGAUGUCAGCAGACACUGGAUUGCGUGGAGGGACUCGAUGAACGGGUCGUUCUGCCGCCUGAAGGAGAACCUUUGACCAUGCCUGAUAGUGUCGGGUCGGUGCAAGUUGUGCUUGAUUAUGUGGGUGGUCCGGCUGCUGUCAGGAUCAUGCAGGCGGUGGAGAUUGGCAAGGAAGACUUGCAAUAUAUCAUCAUUGGGGGUUUGGCUGGGCAGGAGAAUCUGGAUCUACCGAUGCGAAUGGUCAAUACCAGACCGAUUCGCAUCAUGGGGAGUGGAAUUGGUAGUCUAAGGAGGAAGGAGAUCAACCACGAAAUGGAGGGAUUGGUGGGUGCGAUUGUGGAGGUGGCAGCGAAGAUGGAGGAGCUGCCCUUUGAGGUUCUUCCGGUGCCGUUGGCGGAGAUUCAUUCGGUCUGGGGCAAAGAGGCAAUAAUGAACACGAAGAGGGUUGUCCUGGUCCCGUGA